CUCUCUGUUUCUAUGUUGACAAAAAUGUCUGCAUUCAAGCUUGGUAUGGACGGCCAGGACUGCGAUCGUUUUAGAGAAAAAAAAAUACAAGGACGCACAUACGAUGUUUCAUUCGUCAUAAUAGGAAAACAGAGCUGAUGUAAUCGCACUACUUGUAUACAGUUUCCGGGAUUUUUGAGUCAAAACCUAGAUUUAGGAAUCACAAUCCUUGCGAACUAAGAUUUGAGAGUUCAAGUGACCUCUGGCCCAAAAAUAACUACUUUCUAAGAGAAAAGAACUUCAAGCAAACAAUUCCUCAAUUCAGGGUCGAGGAUGGCCAGGAAAUUACGGAUGAAAUUGCAACAACUGCAUUGAGGAGGAGUGUGCACCUUUUUUCAGCUUUACAGGCCAGUGACGGUCAUUGGCCAGCUGAAAACUCUGGCCCCAUGUUUUAUCAUCCUCCUAUGGUCUUUACUUUGUAUAUUACAGGCCAUCUAAAUACUGUAUUAUCAGCAGAGCAUCGCAAAGAAAUCCUUCGUUAUAUAUACUAUCACCAGAAUGAAGAUGGUGGAUGGGGACUGCACAUAGAAGGUCCCAGCAUGAUGUUUUGUACAGUUUUGAACUAUAUCUGUAUGCGUAUGCUUGGAGAAGGACCCGAUGGUGGCGAAUACUUUGCUUGCAAACGAGGGCGAAAAUGGAUCCUUGAUCAUGGUGGCGCAACGCAUAUGGCCUCCUGGGGAAAGAUUUGGCUUUCGAUACUUGGUGUGUAUGAGUGGGAAGGAUGCAACCCGGUGCCGCCAGAAUUUUGGGCCUUCCCAUAUUCUUUUCCCUUGCAUCCAGCAAAAAUGUGGUGUUACUGCCGGAUGACUUACAUGCCUAUGUCAUAUCUCUAUGGGAGAAGGUUUGUUGCUCCAAUCACACCCCUCAUUUUACAACUUCAGGAAGAAAUAUAUACUCAGUCUUACGGUGAAAUAGUUUGGAAGAAUAUGCGGCACUUAUGUGCCAAGGAGGAUUGUUAUUAUCCUGAAACUCGAAUUCAAAAGCUGCUUUGGGAUACUCUUUACAAUAUAACCGAGCCCCUUCUUGCUUGUUGGCCUUUCAACAAGAUUAGAAAGAGGUCUCUACAAAUUACUAUGGAUCACAUUCAUUAUGAGGAUGAGAACAGCCGUUAUAUCACUAUUGGAUGUAUUGAAAAGCCUUUGAUGAUGGUUGCUUGUUGGGCUGAAGAUCCCAAUGGGGAUGCUUUCAAGAAGCAUCUUGCCAGAUUUGCAGAUUAUAUUUGGGUUGCAGAAGAUGGAAUGAAGAUGCAGAGUUUUGGUAGUCAAGUAUGGGAUACUAGUCUUGCCCUCCAAGCUUUGAUUGCAAGUAAACUUGUUGAUGAAAUCAGUCCCAUCCUCAUGAGAGGACAUAGUUUCUUGAAGAAUUCUCAGGUUAAGGAAAAUCCUUCGGGAAACUUUAAAAGAAUGUUCCGACACAUUUCUAAAGGUUCGUGGACCUUCUCUGAUCAAGAUCAUGGCUGGCAAGUUUCUGAUUGCACUGCAGAAAGUAUGAAGUGCUGCCUACUCUUAUCAAUGAUGCCUCCAGAAUUGGUCGGUGAAAAGAUGGAACCUGAGAAAUUGUAUGAUUCUGUCGAUGUCAUAUUGUCACUACAGAAUGACGAUGGUGGUUUAUCGGCCUGGGAGCCAACAGGUGCCAAAGUUUGGUUUGAGUGGCUCAAUCCGGUGGAGUUCGUUGAGGAUGUGGUGAUUGAACAUGAGUAUGUUGAGUGCACUUCAUCAUCAAUCCAGGCUUUAGCUAUGUUUAGAAAGUUAUACCCGGGGCAUCGAAAGAAAGAAAUUGAAAGAUUCAUUGCUCGUGCUUCACAGUUUGUCCAAGACAUUCAAAUGCCCGACGGUUCAUGGUAUGGUAACUGGGGAGUAUGCUUCAUAUAUGCUACAUGGUUUGCGCUUUCCGGCCUAGCUGCUGCCGGCAAGACUUACAACAAUUGUCUUGCUGUGCGUAAGGGAGUGGAUUUUCUACUCAGAACUCAGAAAGUCGAUGGUGGUUGGGGAGAGAGCUACCUUUCAUGCCCAAACAAAGUUUAUACACCUCUUGGCAAAUCAAAUGUGGUACAUACUUCAUUUGGGUUGAUGGGUUUAAUUCUUGGACAGCAGGAAAAGCAGGAUCCCGAGCAUCUUCACCGUGCAGCAAAGUUGUUGAUCAAUGCUCAACUCGAAAAUGGUGAUUUCCCUCAAGAGGAGAUAAUGGGAGUUUUCAUGAGAAAUUGCAUGCUGCACUAUGCUGCUUAUAGGAAUAUUUUUCCUAUGUGGGCUCUAGCAGAGUACUGCCGCCAUGUUCAAUUGCUUUCCAACAGGGCUUAAAAGUCGUAAAUUAUCGUUAGUGAGUUGAUUUAACUGUCAACUGCAUAUAUUCCGUAUGUAUUCUGUUAAUGAGGGAUGGAAUUCUUCAGUAAUUCGGUUUGUGAGUUGAUUUCCCUUCUUGAUACAAGCCCAGCCCAGAUGAUAACGACUGGGCUUAUGACAAACGAUUAUAUGUGAGCCCAUUUAGCCCAUGGGCUAACAUAUUUAAAGUGGCGAACCGGCAGUGCACUUUGUUUACAGCUGCCCUUAUUAGUUA